AUGCUGACAUUUCUUCUAAUUUUUCUCAUCUCAAUCGUGCAUAGCCGACGAUUAGAUGAUGUCAUUUGGACGACAACGAAUCCGAUUUUCGAGAUCAGCAACAAUGCCCACGUAUUAAACGCUCAAAUCGGUGAUCGUCUCUCGAUCGUUUGCCCACAACCGACGAACAUCGAUCAUUAUGAAUACUCUGUGAUAUAUGCGGUUUCCGCUGAAGAGUACCACCAAUGUUACCUAGGCGCGAAUCCGCAUCGAGUUGGCGCCUGUGACUCACCGAAUUCUCCACAGUCACUCUCCAUCGUUUUCCGUCAGUUCAGCCCAACGCCCGGUGGACUCGAGUUUCAACCGGCUCACACAUACUAUUUCAUCACCACUUCAACCGGUACUCCGCACGGAAUUGAUCGACGUCGCGGUGGUCUUUGUGAGACGAAUAAAAUGAAGUUAAAAGUCGAUAUUUUACCUGAAGGCCACCACGUGAUCCAUGGGAAUCCGAAAUUCGCCGCUCGGACUUUCGAAGAAUCGUCGCUCACCACUCCGGUCAUGUAUAUCAUUCAUACAGCCGAUUCUUCGGAAAAUGAUGAUGACGCGGCCUCAACUCAACCCCUUCUCUGCCUCAUUCUCACUUGUUUUUUAAUGAAUUUUUUC